CGCCGCCCCCCCUUCCCUCCCCUCCCCUCCCAAUUCCUCCCCCCAAACCCGCCCCGAUUCACCGGCGAGCGCCCCCGCGACUCUCCCACCCCGCAGACCGGCCGGGCGGAGGAGGGCAUGGCGUACAUGUGCGCCGACAGCGGCAACCUCAUGGCCAUCGCGCAGCAGGUGAUCCAGCAGCAGCAGCAGCACAACCAGCAGCAGCAGCGGCACCACCACCACCACCACCACCUCGCCCCGCCGCCCAUGCCGAUGCCGCCCGCCCCCGCGCCCCCGCACGCGCAGAUCCCGGGCUCGCUGCCGUUCGGGGCCGCCGGGUCCGCGGCCUGGCCCCAGGGAGAGAACUUCUUCUCCGACGUCUUCGGGGCGUCCGCCGCGGAUGCCGUUUUCUCCGACCUCGCCGCCGGCGCGGACUUCGACUCCGACGUGUGGAUGGAGAGCCUCAUAGGCGACGCCCCCGUGUUCCAGGACUCGGACCUCGACCGCCUCAUCUUCACCACCCCGCCCCCGGCCGAGGCCGAGGCGGAGGCCGUCGCGCGGGACGAGAAUGCGCCGGCCGCGCUCCCCCCGGUCGCCGCCACGGCGCAGGCGGCGUGUUCUUCCCCGGGCUCAGCCGACGCGUCCUGCUCCGCCCCCAUCCUCCAGUCCCUCCUCGCCUGCUCCCGCGCCGCGGCGGCCAGCCCAGGCCUCGCCGCCGCGGAGCUCGCCAAGGUCCGCGCCGCGGCCACCGAGUCCGGGGACCCCGCGGAGCGCGUGGCCUUCUACUUCUCCGACGCGCUCGCUCGCCGCCUCGCCUGCGGCGGCGCGGCGCAACUCGAUACGGCGUCCGACGCGCGGCUCGCCUCCGACGAGGUCACGCUCUGCUACAAGACGCUCAACGACGCCUGCCCCUACUCCAAGUUCGCGCACCUCACCGCCAACCAGGCCAUCCUGGAGGCCACGGGCGCGGCGACCAAGAUCCACAUCGUCGACUUCGGCAUCGUGCAGGGCAUCCAGUGGGCGGCGCUCCUCCAGGCGCUGGCCACGCGCCCCGAGGGGAAGCCGUCUCGGAUUCGCAUCUCCGGCGUCCCCUCGCCGUACCUGGGGCCGCACCCCGCGGCGUCCCUGGCCGCCACCAGCGCGCGCCUCCGCGACUUCGCGCAGCUUCUCGGGGUGGACUUCGAGUUUGUCCCGUUGCUCCGGCCGGUGCACGAGCUCGACCGGUCCGACUUCUCGGUCGACCCCGACGAGGUCGUGGCCGUCAACUUCAUGCUCCAGCUCUACCACCUGCUCGGCGACUCCGACGAGCCGGUGCGGCGACUCCUCCGCCUCGCCAAAUCGCUCGGCCCGGCGGUGGUCACCCUCGGGGAGUACGAGGUGAGCCUCAACCGCGCCGGCUUCGUCGACCGAUUCGCCAGCGCGCUCAGCUACUACCGGGCGGUGUUCGAGUCGCUGGACGUGGCGAUGGCGCGGGACUCCGAGGACAGGGCGACGCUGGAGCGGAGCAUGUUCGGGGAGCGCAUCCGCAGGGCCGUCGGGCCGCCCGAGGGCGCCGACAGGACCGACAGGAUGGCCGGCAGCGCCGAGUGGCAGGCGCUCAUGGAGUGGUGCGGCUUCCAGCCCGUCCGCCUCAGCAACUACGCCGAGAGCCAGGCCGAGCUCCUGCUCUGGGACUACGAUGCCAAGUACAAGUAUUCGCUCGUCCAGCUGCCGCCGGCGUUCCUCUCGCUCGCGUGGGAGAAGCGGCCUCUGCUCACCGUCUCCGCCUGGCGGUGACCCCUUCCUUCCGAAAUUAAUUAAUGGUUAGCAGCAGAUCGUUCUCCCUGAAGCUUUUGUAAUUUGUACUCCUAGUUUCAUCCCUCCCUUGAAAAAAAAGCUCUGUUUAUUUAUUUAGGAUUUCGAAUUAUUAUUACAUGGUAAUGGCUAGGAGGAGGAAAUUUAGUUGAACUACUAGCUUGUCAGAUGCCUGUUUUGCAGCAUGUUAUUAUAGCUGGGGUUAAGUAGUAGACCAAAUGUACUGCUAAUUGUAUAUGGAUUUAGAGCAUGCUAUGUAGUAGGCCUUUAGGGGGAGAUUUAUCAUCGCUCAUACUAUGAUUUUUGGAUUAUGGUAAUUGAUGUUGUUAUUUAUGCUGCACAUGAAAUUGAAAAUUGCUACUCCUAUGUGUUGCUGGUAAUAUUGCUGUCAAGAUGUGGAUGAUAGUUCCUCCAUCUACAUUUCCAAGUUAAGUCUCCUUUGCAGCUUCUGAACCCCCCUUUCCAUGUUCUGUUAUGAAAGCUCUAGUGUAAAAAAUGCUCUUAUAUUAUGGGACGGAGAGAGUAGUCCUCAAUUUGAAGUUGCCGUUUUAUCUUUUAUCUGAGUAGGUAGCCAGGCUGAAUUUGUUCUUCCAUGAGCUAAUUUUGGGUUUUGCCGUCAAUCCCCAGUGAUCUCCAUUCUAGUCGUGCAUUACCAUUGUACUUGCACAUUUCCUUAGCAGCAAAUCAAUCAAGGCAAAUGUGGUAUUGUCAGUUAUGUCUUGAAAAGUAUUCUCUCAUCGUAUACUGUAUAUAUUACUCUGGUAUGUCUCAUUUGCAACUCCUUUACUGUAUGUAUACUCUGUAUAUAUAGCAAGUCAAGCCUCCUUUGCAGCUUCUGAACUCUUCUUUCCAUGUUCUGUUAUGAAGCUCUAUAAGUAGUUCUCAGUUUGAAGUUGUCGUUUUAUCUGAGUAGGUAGCCAGGCUGAAUUUGUCCUUGCGUGAGCUAAUUCGGGGUUUUGUCGUCAAACCCUGGUGAUCUCCAUCGUAGUCGUGCAUUUCCAUUGUAGCCAAUCAAUCAAGGUGACCUCUGUAUUUUUCAUUAGUUGUUUUCUUACAAUGUAUUGACUUGACUGUAACUUGUCAAGCUGUACACUGUAUACUGUAUUUAGCACUGCAAUUGGAGGUUUGCAAAUGUGCAAUUCAGUAGCUGCACAUUUCCUUCGUAGCGAAUCAAUCAAAGCAAACAUGGCGUUGUCAGUUAUGUCUCAGAAAGUAUUAUGUAUAUUACUGUAUAUGUAUAUUAGCAACAAAUGUUUCCAUUCAA